AUGGUAUCGCUGCGCAGAGCAUGCAGUACGUUCCGCACCGCGCUCUGGGAUCUUUGCUUUCCCAAAGAGGUCACCGAUUACAUUGAUCCGUUCGUUCGUUUCAUCUUCACUGUUUACCAUCUACCGCCUAUCGCCCUCGUGGUGGCCAUCACACACAGUGCUCUUGAGCGUAUCGUGUGGGUUCUCAUCGUUCCUGUUGCACAGGAUAUGGAGAAGCAGCCGUACAACUCCUCACAUAUGACAACCUUUAUUGGUGGAGUUUACAAUAUCUUUGUUCGCAUUUUGCCCUACUCUACCUUGGGGAUUUCUGUGGCCACAUUAGGUCACAAGGUCCUCAACUGUUUCGUGGAGACCAUGGUAGAUGCUCACUCGACGCAUCAAGGGAAAGACUAUCCCCUCCUGGCAGCUCGAUUGCGUUUUAUGAUGGAAGAUAGGCAGAGAUAUUAUACGUUUCUUAUAGUACUCGUUCUUCUGAUCUCGAUGGGGCUUUCAGUGUUAUACACUAGCGUUCUUGUGGAAUGGCCAGAGCGCGAACCUGUUGUGGUAGAAGCUGUUUGGUGCACUAUUGCGGUGCAAUUUUUAUUUGUGGUGGGUUCGGUUAUCAGUCACGGGCCUUUUUCACUUCGCUCCUUCGGCUGGAAACGACUAAUGGGGUUGGAAGGUGGUGCAUUUGGUAGAUAUUUUUGUGGUAUUUGGUGGGAAACAUAUAUUCACUACAUGCGUUACAUCGCCAUUGAGAUGGUUAUUAUUAUGGCUGUUAUUUCCCUAUACAGCAAGGGCCCGUUGUUUGUUCUCACGGCAUCGGUAGAACUCAUCAUGUAUCUGAAUAUGCCCCAUCUUUUGGGUCAUGCCGUUAUGUCUGUUUCAACCACCAUCAUCAACUUGCAACGGUCGCUACAAUGGUUGAGGCGACACCCUGAUGCCAUACUUCCUGUACUUAUGGUUGCCUUACCGUACCAAACGGUGUUGUUGCAAUCUAUGUAUUUUUUCCGUCAUUACUGGAUGACAGUAAUGCUUUUUGUGGGAGUUAAUGUUCUUCUUUCUGCACGGGCAAUUGAUCUGGUGCGUGAGUUUGAUGUUACAAAAGCGGGAUCGGUGCAUUGGAAGCGUCUCAACACAAAUACACUCCUACCGCCACACCUCUCCAUUGUCCUGGAAGAUGCAUAUGAGGCCAGACUUUCUGAGGUGGCCGUUGUAAGCAUUGAUCUGUUGAUGGAUGUAAAGGCAAUGAAACUGUAUUUCGAUGGUGAAGAAGUUCCUAUAGAGCGUACACAAGUUGUUCCAUACGGAAAUGCCCGAAGCUUCCUCCGUAAUGGUCUUUUCUACGCUUACGCUGUUCCUCGCCUGCUAUCUGUGCAGAGUGCAGGAUAUUUUGGUGGUGAACGGUUUCGCCGGGUACGUGUCGUGCUUCGCAUGGUUACUGUUUUUUGUUUGCUGUUGUUUGCGGCAUUGGUCUGUGGUAUCCUUCUGCAAGCCGCUUUCCCAUCCCUCCGCCCAUGGCCUGUUCGGGCAUACCUCUCAGAGGAUAUGAGUGCCUUUACCAUUGACCAUAUUGUUGUGCGGAUGCAUUUAAUGUCCAAUCAGGCGAACUUUACCCCACAUCCACCCUACACCUCAUCCACUGCGACAGAACCUGCUUUUUCAGCCUUUAAGUGGAGCAAUGCUACGACCCUGAGUGAAGACUGGUAUCCUUCUUUGUGUACGAGAUCUUUUUACGGUGUAUCCAUCUGGGAAAUAUCACUUCUUGCACUAGCGCCCUACCUAUUCAAUGAAGAGGAGGUGAAUGAAAUGCUUCGGUUCAUGUCGAUGCAUAUGGGAACUGAUUGGGUUAUUCGGGAGCGCCACGGAACAGAUUGUAUCACUGUGGAUUCUUCCACAGUACCGACGGGGUGGGAUGGUUUUUUUGACUUUUAUAGUGCCAAGAAUGAUGUUUCUGUUAUUGCUGUGCGUGGAACUGACAUGACGUCAGCCAAGGAUCUUCUAAUUGAUGUCAAUUUGUUUAUUGAUGCAGUUCUCUACCACUUCUUGUCGAGCAUUGUUCCAGGGGCAGUUGUACUACCUUCAGAACUCAUUGCGGAUCUUCUGCGUUUAGCCUCCCUACCCGCUACAUCAGAACAAAUCCCAAAAAGUUGGGAGUCCUUGGUUUCAAAGAACAACACAAGCCUUAGUGUGUGCGAAAACAACAACUACCGACGAGACUUUUUUGUGGAUGUGAUUAACCACAUUGGGUACGUGGGGAGCCGUCCGAGUCGACCCAAGAAUGUCCUUCUCACGGGACACUCGUUAGGGGGCGCUGUCGCAUCUAUUAUUGGGGCUCAAAUGGGCAUUCAAGCUGUUGGAUUCAGUACUCCUGGGAUUUCUCUGUCACACAAAAGGUUUGGUAUUGAUUUGCAACGCAUUCACAGGUAUGUGGUGACUAUUGUCUCGUCGCAUGACAUAUUCCCCAUGAUUGGAGGGAGUGGUGGUGAGGAACACCACGUUGAGUGUUUGGCAAAGACACGGGAACUGUGCCACGCAAUGGAGUUUCUCGUAGGAACUUUGUGGCGAUCGUGUGGAUCUAUUCGCUCGCUUUACCCUUCGAUAGAAUCGGUCGUGUGA